AUGGGUUUUCCUGCUCUAUGGCGGAAAUGGAUCAGCGGCAUUCUGUCUUCUUCCAGAUCCUCCAUACUUGUUAAUGGUGCACCCUCUCAUGAGUUUAAUAUUGAGCGUGGUGUUCGUCAAGGCGACCCGCUUUCUCCAUUAUUAUUCAUUCUUGCAAUGGAAGCACUCCAUGUAGCUACUGUCACGGCUAAUGCACAGGGCAUAUUUAAAGGCUGUAAGAUGCCAAACAGUGGGCCCACCAUCUCACAUUUAUUAUACGUUGAUGAUGUCUUGUUUAUAGGUGAAUGGACGGAUUCGAAUUUUCGAAAUCUUUCUAGACUUCUAAGAUGUUUCAAUCUCUCUUCGGGUCUAAAAGUUAAUUUCGACAAAAGUAAUCUCUUCGGGGUGGGAGUUCCUACGGAAAGCAUAUCAGAAAAAGCUUCUAUUCUUAGAUGUAAAACGGGUGUGUUUCCUUUCACCUAUCUUGGUCUUCCAUUGGGUGCAAACAUGGGUCUGGUCAAGAACUGGAAACCAAUAAUUGAUAGAUUUGAAGCAAAACUCACAGCCUGGAAAGCUCGCACACUUUCUUUCGGCGACAGGUUGACAUUGAUUGAAGCGGUGUUAGUGGUUGCCCCAAAAGAAAAGGGGGGUUUGGGUUUCGCUAGCCUGGCCGCUACAAACAAAGCUUUAAUGAUUAAAUGGUUAAUCUGUUUCAAAAAUGAGCCAUCUUCAUUAUGGGCCCGUUUAAUUUCAGUGAUUCACGCUGGUGGAAGGUGUCACUCCUUUAUACCGUUGAAAAGCUCCAUAGGCGGGGUUUGGAAGUCUCUCAUAAACUUAGGUCGGAUAUCUCAGAAUCAGCCUCUCAACGUCCAAGAAAGGAUGGUCCUGAGGAUGGGUAACGGUAAAAAAGCAUUGUUUUGGCUGGAUAUUUGGGCUGGUGACAGACCACUUCGAGAUUUAUUCCCGAACUUAUACGACCUGGAAAGUGAAAAAAGAUGUUAUGUUUCGGACAGGUAUAACAUUAAUCAGGGCUCGAUUGUUUGGUAUUGGGGUAGCAAUAACUCUCUAUCAAGUGCAAAUCAAACUGAAGUUUGGGCCGAAUGCAUUUUACUUAUGCAAAAAGUGGAUAUUCAGAUGAGACCGGACGUUUGGCUUUGGAAGUCAGGUUCUGAGGCUGCCGACUAUACGGUCAGUAGUGUUAGAGCUGAACUGGAUCAUAUUGACACCAUUAACGAAACACGGGUACUCAAAUGGCUUCACUUGAUCCCAAAAAAAGUAAAUUGUUUUUAUGGAGGGUGGUACUUGAUAGAAUAG